GCCCACACACAGCCACUCCCAAAUCGUAAUAGAGAAAUACAAGGGGGGGAAAAAUAAAAAAAAAUAAAAAAUAAAAAAAAUUACAGAGCGUUGUAGAACCCUAGCUUCACUCUCCUAAAUUUCACUGUCAAAAAAUCUCUCUGCAUUUUAGUUCGUAUUCAAGUUUCAGGCAUAACAUCUCAUGCUUUGCCCGCCAUCUUGUUUUGUGCUUUUCCUUUAAAUAAAGCAACAAAUAGAGAAAGUUCUUCCAACAAGAAUGCUAAUGCACUUGUUACUGGGAUUCAACAUCUUGACAUUUUGGGAAGCAUUGUUAAACUCCUUAUUGUUUCAGAGCUCCUAAUUAUUUUGUUGAAGUGUUGUUGUCAAAUGUCAGAAGGUGUUAUGGCAGUGGUCAAACCUGAGAUGAAAUCUUACAUCUGGCUUCAAACUGCGGAUGGUUCAAUUCAACAAGUAGAGGAAGAGGUUGCCAUGUUUUGCCCCAUGAUAUGCCGCGAAAUACUUCAAACAGGCAUGGGAUCUUCCAAAAACUAUGCCAUAUCACUUCCACAGCGGGUCAACCCUGCCAUCUUGGGCUUAAUACUUGAUUACUGCCGGUUUCAUCAAGUACCAGGUCGCUCUAAUAAGGAGCGCAAAACUUUUGAUGAGAAGUUUAUUCGAAUGGACACAAAAAGGUUAUGUGAGUUGACUUCAGCUGCUGACAGCCUCCAAUUAAAGCCUUUGGUUGACCUCACAAGCCGAGCACUUGCUCGAAUUAUUGAGGGGAAAACACCUGAGGAGAUCCGUGAGACUUUUCAUUUACCUGAUGACCUCACAGAGGAGGAGAAGUUGGAGCCCCUACGAAACAUAACCGAUGAUCCACGUAUUCGUCUUCUAAAUAGAUUAUAUGCUAGAAAGAGGAAAGAAUUAAAAGAGAGAGAGAAAUUGAAGAAUGUUGAGGUUGAGGAGGAUCGUGUGGAUGAGCGCUCAGUUGAAGAUCUAUUGACAUUUAUAAACGGUGGCGAUGGAGAUUCAAAGGGUGUCAGAAGCAAUAAGAACAAGAAGAAAAAUCGGAGAAGAAAAGAUCAUCUAAAGGAUUCUUCUUCGAACAGUGUAAAUGGAAACCAUAAUAAGGAGUUGGAUGCUCUUUCUUCGGCUUGCCAUGAUGGUGAGGUUAAUAAUAUGGCCUCUGCCAGUAAAAAUUCAAAGUUGAAAGAUUCUACAUCUGUUAGCUUCUCACCAAAGCUUGAGUUUGAUGAUGGUGAUAUGGAUGACGAUUUAGAUCCGGCCAUGAAGGAGGAACUUGACAGGGAAGUGGAAGAUUUUGCACGAAGAUUAAAUUCAGAUUGGCCAGAAAGAAUGCAGGAAAUACUAUCCUUGGGAGAAGGACGGCUUGUACCAAUAUCAAUGAAUGGCAAUGGUUCCACACAUAGAUAUACUAGUUUGGACCGGAGAUAAUAAUUUUGUUAAAUCAUUUGUUUCUCAGAAUGUGCAGCAGCAGCUUUGAGUGAAUUGGAAGAGAUGCGAGCAUGAGGUUUGCUGCUGCGGAAGCCGUAGAAGAGUUGGCAACGUUUUUGGUGCAGACAGCAUGUGAGUAUUAUUUGUUUGUUUUACAUCACCAAAAUGCAGUUUUCUUUCUGUGAGCUUCUUGUAUGGUGAAGAAAGGAAUGAUAAAAAAUUGGGUGGGUAGAAAAUUGAAAAAAAAAAAAAAAGAAAAAGAAAAAGGAGGGGGGGGGGGGGGGGGUGGGGUGGAGAGAGAGAGAGAGAGAGAGCUAAGGGAGGCAAUAUGAGCAGAAUAUGCUCAAUUGUCUUCACCUUUUUCUUCUUGUUGCUUACCUUUGGCCAUGUUUUUGGCUAUCUCUUGUACUUUUUUGAAUUAAUGAUGAUUUUUGCAAUUUUCCUU